AAUCAUAAUUUAUUUUAAUUUGUGAGUUGGGAUGACAACCAAUACAACAACCAACGCUGGCUACUCAUCACGCUUGGGAAAUAGAAACAAAGUUGGACCGGAUGCCAUAGUGGAUAAAAUGAAACAGAAUCAAUAUAAUACUGAUGAAAAGCUAGUCAUUGAUUUCAUCCAAAUGGCACUUGAUAUCACAUUAACUCAUGGACAACUACAUCAUGAUCUUAAAGAUGGUGUGGUGUUAUGCAAUCUUGUCAAUCAACUUCGUCCAGGUACCAUCAAGACUGUGGGACAAAAAGAUUUGUCUUUUAUAAAGAUGGAUAAUAUUACUCGAUUUUUACAAGGUGCUCGACAGCUUGGACUUGAAGACUCUCAGUUAUUUGAAACCAUCGAUCUAUUUGAAGCAAAAGAUAUGCCAAGGGUCAUCCAUACUAUUCUGACGUUAUCACAACUUUUCAUCAAAACGGAACCCGAGAAAUACUCCUGGCUUCAAGUUAAAGGAGGAUGUUCGUCAUCGGCACCAUCAUCGUCAGUAACUUCAUCAACAGUAAGGGGAACAGAUCAGGGGCCACUUUCCAUUUCAACUCCCGCCGGAACUUCUACUACAUCUGAAAAUUUACCUCCUUCCACCCUUACUUCUUCUUCUUCCACUUUAUCCACUAAUUCUAUUAUUUCCUCUUCUCAAGAUGAGGAUACUGAAGCAAAGUAUCGUCAUGUUCGAGAUAUAUUUUCAUGCUUUGAUAAUCAAGACUUACGUGUUAUAACUGAUGCUUCCCUUGACCACAACACUAAUACUUCAAAAGAAUUAUCCUUGGCCAACGAAUUGGAUUGGUAUGUUCCUACACAAACUCCUACUGUUUUAUCACGUCCUCCAAAGUCACCUUUAAGAACAAGCCAACGUUCUAAAUCUGUUGGUCGACGACGCUCCUCUACUACGACAGCAACUUCCAGCAAGUCUACUAUGCCAGCAACUUUGGAUGAUUUACACACUCUAUCACCUUCUUCUUCAUGUUCUUCACUAUUAUCAUCUUCAUCCAUCUUAUCACCCAACACUCCUGAUACUCAAGUGUCAACUGACGACUCUCAUAAUUGGUCUUAUAAUCAAAAAGUACAUAGUCAUAGUGAUUUACCUCCACGACAACCUCAUUCAAGUCGACGUUCAUCCAAUGCACAACAACAAACCACAGGUAGUUUAGGACGUCAUUCAAAAAAGCAUCACCAACAACAACAACAACAACAAGAUCAAGAAGAAGAUAAAGUUCGACUUUAUCUUCAAGGACAAGAUGGAUCCACAAGUAUUCAAUACCAAUUAGGAAACUGUAUUGGUAAAGGUCAGUUCGGAUCUGUCUAUCGUGCUUUGGAUUUGGCCACUGGUGAAAUUGUGGCAGUCAAACGUAUCAAAUUGGAAGAUGGAGAAUUGGAUCAAGAAAUGAUGAAAGAAGUUGAUUUACUGAAAACAAUGUCUCAUCUUAAUGUCAUUCAAUAUCUUGGAUUUAUUCGAAACCGACAUCAUAUUAAUAUUAUUUUGGAAUAUGCUGAAAAUGGUUCUCUCAUGUCAACUUUGAGAUCUUUUGGUGCUUUUCCUGAAAAACUAGUGGCUUCCUUUUGUGUUAAGAUUCUUAACGGUCUCGAUUAUUUACAUGACAAUCAAGUAGUACAUUGUGAUCUCAAAGCUGCUAAUAUCCUUACUACAAAAACAGGUGAUGUCAAGUUGACUGAUUUCGGUGUGUCUCUUAAUCUCAAAAUCAAGGCUGUUGAUGAUCAAACAGUAUCUGGGACCCCCAACUGGAUGGCUCCUGAAGUGAUUGAAAUGAAAGGUGCUUCUACCAAAUCUGAUAUAUGGUCAUUGGGAUGUACUUUGAUUGAAUUAGUGACUGGAAAACCUCCUUAUGCAGACUUGAUAUCUAUGUCAGCCAUGUUCCGUAUUGUUGAGGAUGAUUAUCCUCCUCUACCUGACAAUAUUUCAGAGGACAUGCGUGAUUUCCUUUUAUGUUGUUUCCAAAAGAAUCCAGAUGACCGUCCCACUGCCAAGACUCUAAAGGAACAUCCAUGGAUUCAGUAUCAUCAACGUAACACCAAAUCAACAGCCAACGCCACUACUAGUGAUGGUACUUCAGACGUUAUUCCAGAUACUGAAGAUAGACAGAGUAUACAUCAACGAUCCAUUGCUCGUUCUUCUAUGGAUUCUAUUCGACGACAAAUUCAACAAAGUCAACACAAUCAUCACCAACUACCUAACUUGGAAGAAGGAGAUUAUGCUACACAUCGCUUUAUUCAGACCUCUUUUGGGAAAAUCGUGGAAUGUAAAGUCUGUGGAGAACUACUACGAGAACAAGCUAUUUUUUGUGAAACAUGUUCUCUUAUUUGUCAUGAUGAAUGUAAGAAAUUAGCUUUCUCUUGCCCUCCCAAAGUGAAUGAACAACAACCUUCAUAUGAUUGGGUAUUCUCCGCCAAGAUUUACAAUCGCAAUAGUAAUAAGGAAACUAAAUCAUCACCAAGAUCAAGUAUACCAACAUUUGGUGUUCGACGAGCAAGUACAACAAGACUUCGACAACCUUUAGCAUCAGCUCUACGUGAUCAUCCUCAAGCUGAAAGUAUUCGAAAAUAUUCUCGAGCAUUAGGACUUACUCCACAAGAACAACAAGCAUUAUUGGAAAAUCCUGCAUUACUUUCUCAUACGAUGGCAUUAGAAGAAUCACUUCGUGGCACCAAUGGACCUAAUACUAUAACAAAAUCUACUAUUAUUGAUCGAUUUUCAAAUAUCAAAAAAACAGGUGAUGGUACUUCUAAUGGAAUUAAAGAUGAUCAAUGCAUCGUAUCUUAACGUACCUUUAUUUUUUUUUUUAUAUCUAUUUAUUAUGAUUUACUAUUUUUAUUCUUGUUGUUUAUUUCUUUAUUUUUACUUAUUUUGUGUUUUUUUAAUAAACUAUUGUUUUUUUUCUUUUUUU